UAUAUGCAGUAGCCGAAAAUGUCCGAUAGUGGUAAAAAGCGUAUUAACAGUUUUCGUAAGAUAUUUCCUAGCUUAUUUUUUUCCAAUAAGUCUAAAGAAAACCCAAAAAAGGUAACACAAAUGGGAUGCAAAAAGUCUAGUCUUGAUAAUUCUUCUAACAGUAACCAAUAUGAGAAUCCUAGAAUAGUAAAACAUAACGUUCUGAAUACAAAUAAUGAUAUUGGGCGAAUUUACGAGAAUCUAGCCAUUGAAAAAUACCAUAAAGAUAUGGAUUCUUCAUGUAACAUUGCCUCAAGCGACCAUUCAUCCAGCAGCACGUUAGUAUCAGAAAGCGUGAAAAACCAAUUGUCCCAUAAUGAAGACAAAUCUGAUUUGUCCAAAGAAUACUAUAAAGCUAGACCUCAAGUCCCACCGAAACCCUAUAACGAGCUAAAUAAUGUUAUAGUUGCACCUCCUCAUCAAGAUGAAAAACGAUUCCCAGAUGUAUACUAUCAUUCUGUGGAAAAACUAACAGAAAGUAUAACACCUUUACACGAAAUUGAAGUGUUCCAGGCCCAAUCAUUUUCUAAACCGGCCUCAGUGGGCGCAGAAAUUAAAAGAGUUAGCACAAAAUUUUUAAUAUCUCCGAAAAAAGAAGCUGAAGUUCGAACGAUACAGCCAAAGAGAGCUAGAAGUUUUUCUUUUGAUAAUAAUAAUAAAAAGACACUGGACCAAAAUAUUCAUAAUAAUUCAAAUAAGUGCGAAGAAAAUAUCACAAAAUCUUAUAAUUACUCUGCUCCAACUUCACCUAUACCCACAAGUCACAAAAUUCCUAAUAUGCCAAAAACUGUUUCGCCAUAUGGACACGUGAAAAAAUCUAUGAACGAAGCAGAAGAAAGACGAAACUCUCUUAAUCGUUCUAGUUUACGAAACCCAUUGUAUCCAGUUUACAAGCUGCCAGUGAAGAGUCAAUCUGAAAAUAUAGAACAGAGAACAAAAUCACGACAAAAACUUGAAGCUUUUUACUGGCAGAAGUUGAAGGAAUUAAAGCAAAAGGAAGAUGAGUUUUUACUCGAACAGUCUUUGAACUCUACGUUAAAGAGGGCGUCCCUCAAACAAGCAUCAAAUUCAAGUGGUAGUGGUAGUUUACCGCGGUCCUACAAAACUAACAGCUUACCACGUGACAGUGAACUUAGAGUUGACACUACGGGCAAAAGCUAUUUAAGUAACCCAUUCAUAAGGGGAGUUCCGGAAAGGAGGACCGAUACAUUUUUACGCUAUCAGUCCACUCCUAAAGACGUCGAUAUUGUGUAUAGGUACCCUGAAAAAAUUAAUUCCACUCAAAAUAGGAAUUUCUUAUGCCCACAAGACAGAGUUGAUGCACAGGGAUAUCCACGAAAGUCUUUCAACAGUGACUUUCGUGCCUUCAGUUUGCAACCAAAGCGAGUAAGCUUUGAAGAAAAGAUUUACGACACUUAUCCAAAACAUAUUUACUCCCAAAAUGAAGCUCCAGGCAUCGAAGCCAGAUCGAAAGAAAUAUUGACCAGACCGCCUCGCCCUCCCAUUCGGACGACGAGUGUUGGCACUAACAAGAUUGUGAAUAAUCACAGAAUAAAUCAUCCAGCCAAUGCACAUUAUUCAUUGCACUCCGAAUCUGAAAGCGGGUCAGAAGCUAGUGAAAUACAAAGGAUUUUACAAAGCGACACCCAAAAAGAAGAUGAUUGGCGUGGAGACGGAUCACGGAUGGAUGGCGGUCUGUCGGACGGCGAAGCGAGCCGCGGGCCGACGCGCGGGCGCUCCUCGCGCCGCGACGACCCGCGCCGGCACACGCUCGCCGGGAACCACCUCUAUGUGCAUCCGCACCACCCUUCGCAGCUCAACUCUCACGAAAUGGAUCACUGGACGUCUGGGAGGCAGGUCCCUCUAUACACGCCUGAAUACGCGACGGUCAACAAAAGUCGCGAUAACAGGCAGAAUCGAAUUGUUGACGCAAGGGCUCUGAAGCCACCGCUGCCUAGGGGUUACCCGCCGCCCAACAACGCCAUGCUGUUCGACGACGACCCGGGCAUCAUGUCGGAAGUGGAGACUGCCUCCACCGGGUUCAGGCGCGGCGGCAAGCAGCGCUCCUCGCUACCUGUUGUGCGAACACCCAGCAAAACUUUGGAGCGUCCGCUGGGGUUGGUGUUUCUGCAAUAUCGAAGUGAGACUAAGCGGGCGCUGCUUCCUAACGAGAUUACUUCUAUCGACACCGUAAAAGCGCUCUUCGUGAGAAGCUUCCCCAAACAGCUCACAAUGCAGUACAUGGACAGUCCCAUGGUGAAGAUCUACAUUCAUGACUCUUCGAAGGACAUGUUUUACGAACUAGAAGAUGUGAGAGCUCACCUACGGGACAUCCGCGACCGGUCGGUGCUGCGGCUGUUCGAGGCGACGGACAUGGGCGGCGGCGUGUUCCCGGGCGCCGUCGGCGUCGGCUCGCUGGCCAUGCCGCCGGGCGCCGCCACCUGCUCCGGACCUCCUAGUUGGGAGCAGGACCAAAGUUACUUCAGCGAGCCCGAGAUAGACUCGGAGUACCACCACCAACACGUGCACAAGACUAAGGUGAAGGCUCCAGCGUACUACAUGGGGACGGCGGCGCCGAGUACACUGCCUCGUGGAGGCUCGCUGCUGCGCGCGUUUUCGCCCGCCGCGCCGCCCGUGCCCGCCGACCGGGCCAAUACACUUCCAGGCACCGGACACGGCAGCGAGGGGUACAUGUCGUCGCCAGAACGGGGCUCGGCGCGGGCGCCCUACGAGGACCCCUACUACACGCAGUUUCUGGGCCCGGCGGCCGGCCGCCCCAACAUUACCCCGGUCAUCGAUGAAGAAACCAGCGAGGGCGUGGUGAUCGAUGACGCGUACCAGAUGUAUGGCGUGAACGCCGUCGGCGGCGCGCCGCGGCCCAUGCCGCGUCCGCCUUACGACGCCAGGCUUAAUCCCCAAGUGGAAGAUAUACAACGCCUUCGAGUUGAGAAAAUGGAGAGGCAGCUAGCUAAUUUGACUGGCCUCGUUCAGAAAGCGCUGCAGGUGCCAGGCGCUGCGCCCGCGCCGGUGGCGCCCGCCACGCCCGCCGCCGCGCCGCGCCAGCAGUUCCCGUCCUACCAAUCCCGCACUAACGCUCAAGAUGCCGCACGAUUUCCCGGCAACGACCGACCUCCAAAAUUAGGGAGGGACAAAUUUCAAAAAUCAGUGUCAUUUGAGAAAUCGGUAUCCUUUAGCGAUGACCCGCCAGAUAUGAACUCACCCAUUCAACAUUCGCCCCAACAUUCAGCUGAUACAAAGCCAACAAAACCGGCAAUCAAGUCGUCGACAUUGCCAAGGACCUCGUCACAAGAGCGCGACCGACUGAAGCCGGCGCCGCCGCCCAAGCCCGCCGGCCUGGUCGGCCAGCAGCUGGCGCUCGUGUCGCAGAAGAUAUACACCAUCAACGUCACGCCAGACUUUUUCAAUGACAUGCGCGUCUUGCAGAAGCAGAGCCGUGAUUUGCGGAUUGAGACUCGAAAUUUACGACGUUCGACACUGUCGCACGCCAUACAGAUGAGGCAGCUGAUGGCCGAUACUAUCGUGAAAAUAGGCGCCCUCGCUGCGAGCUUCUAUGAACGGGACCCGGAAUCGCAACUCACGCGUGAAGAGGAAAUCUACCGGCAAGAUAUGCUACUAUUGGAGAACGACUUGUAUGAACUGGAGGCUACUGUUGAACGUCUUCGCGGCCAAGCUGCUAACAGGGAGACCCGUGUCAAUAUGGCAGACAUCGAACGCAUCGCCAUGGUGCUCUCGAAGAGCAGCAAAACCGUCGCCGACUGGAAACUCAAGUUUCCAAUUCUACAAGAUACGAUGAAAGUUAAAUUGGCUUCGGAGAUGGAAAAGGUGGUGCGCAAAGAAAAAAUGCUAGAAGAGGAACCGGAACGUCUCGAACUGGCUUUACGUCGAUGUAAAAAACUUACUGGGACAUUAGUCACUCUAAAAAGGCUGGCGUGCGUGCAGGAGCAGCGGCUGCCGGCGGCGGACGGGCGCGUGUCGCCGGGCUCCUCGCAGGGCUCCAGCUUCACGGCCGGGCCCUCCUCCGAGGAGUUCGCCCCCGACGCCGCCGCGCACAUUAUACACCCCACCAAUAAGGGCACCGGCAGCGGGCGAGGUACUGCGUCCCGGGGAGCAGCGGAGCUGCGGCCAGAGAACGCCCUCGACGCGCUACUAGACGAGCUGCAGACGUUCGCCAAGCCCGCGGAGCGCAGCUGCAGGGGCGCUGCGCCCGGUGGCGAGGGCCCCUUGCGUCGGCUGCAUUCAUACCCCAGCGGCAGCGACACCGACGCGUCGCCGCCGGUGCGCGCACGCGGCCAGCACCCGCCCAAGCCGCCCGUGCCGGAGCGCCACCCCGAGCUGCUCGCGCUCGCCGCGCGCCGGGCGCCACCCCCUCCUCCACCGCGCACCACAUCUCGCUCGCCUUUAGCUUCCCCUACCUCUCCUUCGUCACCACCGAAUGCAGAUUCCUCACCUCCCGAUUCCAAUCUUAGCGAGGAGAAGACAGCUAUACGGCAGUCUCUCCUCGAACAACGGCACCAGGAGCUACUAAAAAAACAAAAAGCGCUCCAAGAACAGUAUGCGCGACUACAGAUGAUCCAACGUAGCGGACCGUCGCUUCCACCAACAGCGCAGCCUGACUUAAAGAAAACCGGUAGUGAAUCGAACCUACUAACUAAAAUGAAUCUGAAUCUUACUGCAACAAACAUUUCCGGUAGUAUGACACACUUGGCGUGUGACGCUGAGCAUCAAAAGCCGACGCAGAACACGCCCGCGCCAUCGGACUUGGAGAGGCCACCUGCGUCUGACACUAUAGCAACAACCAAUAAAGUUUAUGAGACUGACAUUCUGUGACCUUGCAGCAGUUGUUUUAUAUCUGUAUAGUUUAUCUACUUCAGGAUAGUACUUUCGGAAUAUACCUAAUUUAAUUUAGUGUGGCCUCACAGUCACUUACCGCCAGCGUGAACUGCGAGCUUGCGUUCACAAGUACAUUUACACACAUUUUUUUUAUAGGAAGGGGCAGAACAACGACCGGCUUGGUUUUAGGAUGACUCACGUUAGAACAGGCCGUGUUCGGGCCGAAGCUUCCAGCGCUUACUUUUCUAGCGUCAUGACAGGCGAUCACGUGAUGCUUUCCAUGGUGGUGGACGAUGCGCCGUAAGCUCCGGCCCGUUCUAACGUGAUUCAUCCUUUAUGGGGCGCUGGCGGUAGGUAAGCACGCCUGUAUAUAAUUAUCAGGUAUAUAUAUAUACAUUUAAGUUUGUAUUUAAAAUAUAUAUAAUAUUAUGAGAGCUUUAUAGGCGAAUUAAAGUACCUUUAUUUUAUAUUUUAUUACAGAAUAAAUUAAUUUGUCAUUAUACAUACUCGUAUAUAGUACAGCUAACCUCAGAUCCUUUAGAUAACCAAUUGCACUGGUUAAGAGGAUAAUGCCUUUGUUUAACAGACCAGAGUCAAAGGCCGAAAAAUCGUCUGAGUUCAGCUAUACUAUAACUAUUUAUUAAUUGUUACUUUAAUCAAAUUAUUUUACUAGCGCCUCUUGUCUAGGUGUGCCACAUGCCUUCUUAUGUUAACAGGUCAUAGAUACAAAAACGAACGGCGCUAAAUAACUAAAGCACCUUUACAAAUUAAUAUCUAAAGUCACGUAAAUCACAAUAAUUAUGUAUUUGAUUUAUUGACGAACUUACAAGGUGCCCACGGGGAACCCGAGAGAUUUUAAUAGUUAUACCUGUUAGUUGACGAGUAGGUCAAUUAGGCCUAGAAAAAGUUUUGUUUGGUUUUCUCUUGGAUUUUUAUAUGUAACUGUCACUCAAAAAAAUUAACUUAUUUUUUUAAUCUAGUUUUUGCAUAGUGUUACAUAGGCGAAUUCCAAAAAAGUUUAUAGAACAUUUAAGUCUUUAAAUAUGAUCAAAAAUAUGUAUACGUGUUCCUCGUGGGCACGUGGUAGGUAUAAUUAAAAAUUUUAGUCAAGAUGUCGCAAUGUAUAUAUACAAAAAAGUGAUGCGAAAAAAUAAUGUAUUACAAGCAAUUUGACACAGUGUCCGAAACAAUAAUAUGAGUAAUAAAAAUAAAUAAAAGCAUAACAUAGGAAGCAUAAUGCUCUAUCUAUGCUAAAUUUAAUUAAAUUAGAAAGACCAAUUAAACAUUCCAACUAAACAUUUUAAGCUUUUUAAACUCAGUUCGAUUCGGACACUGUGCCUAAAUGUUUAAUUUUUUUAACAUUGUGUUCAGCCGCAUAGUGAAAAUAUAAUGUAAGUAUAGAUAAUUUUGUGACCAUAUUGAUAACCGUCGCCAUCAUUUUGUAUGACACAGUCAUGUAAAUAUAAAAUGAGCACUCAUAACUUUUAGUAUAUUGAGGACCCCGCUUUACAUUUUUUACGUAGGCUAACUACGACAUUGUAAGUUUAUAAAAAACUAAUCUAAAUUAAUUCGAUCAACAUUUUUAAACUUUGGGUAUUGAAUAGUUUAACAAUAGUAAUGGCGAAAUUUGCACACGUCUACAUUUGCACAAAUUUAGUUUGUCUUGUUGUUGGAUGAUUCCAUGAAAAUCGGUUUAUUUUGUGUUUCAGUAAUUUUAACAGUUUCAUAUAAAAUUAUGAGGUACCUAAUUUUUUUUGUAGGGAUUAAAUAUGAAAGCCGUUUAAUCAGAUCACUCGUUUUGAUAUUGAUCACUAGUACCUUAUCUCAUUUCCAAAUAUUUGGGUAUAUUUUUGAUCGCUAAUUUCUUUGUGUUAAAAUCACACAAUACAUAACGCAACAGCCUGUAACGCUAUAAUAUAAAAAAAAAUAUCCUAACAAAUUUGUACCCUAAUAUUGUCAUGUUCAUAUGUGUAUAAUAAAUAUCAGUCCCUAUAUUUAAAAAUACUAUAUUUAAAAAGCCAGUAUUUAAAAAUACGACUUUCAUAUUGAUUGUCAUUGUGACAAGGCACGAAAUGGGUCGGAAAUUUAAUUCUUUGACUGUACCUAAUGUCAUCUGUCACCUACUUAAAAUCAUUAGUAGGGUUAUUACUGAUAGUGUUUUAACGAUUUUAGACAGGUACCUACCUAUCUUUAGCUAGAACCGAUCAUACAGUUACGACCAUGAUACUAAUGUUUCAUGUUUUGCCGAAUUUUCACAUUCCAUUACCUGCAUUAGAUACAUAUGUAAUACGACGUGAUUUUUGGGGUAAAAUAAUUACCUUUAUCUUUAGGUCCUCUAAUUCAUAUUUACACUGAUUUAAUUUAAAUAAAGAUAAACAUUAGGUAUUUAUUUGUAAUGAAACGUUAUAUGUAGCUAUCGAAUAAUUUAUGUCUCGCAUAAUCAUUAAUAUUACCUUCGAAAAUCAAUAUCUAUUGUUUAUUUACAAAAUCAAGGUUAUUUUAUUAAUAUUACUUAACUUAGGCAUAUAAUUUUAAUGUUUUGCGGGGUGUAGUUAGUUUUUUAAUGAAUGAUGUAAGAUCUUCUCCGAUUGGCUAAUAUUAUUGUACAGAUCUACCUACUUUAGAAUAAGUCGUAUAGAUCCUUAAGUGUAGCUACCAACACGUAAUAUAAUAUGUUGUGUCUUAAUUUUUUUACUAUUGACUAAGACAGACAAACUGUUACCUAAUCUUAUAUAGGUUAAACAUAUAUUCUGCAAUUUAAGUACGUUCCCAACCUUUUUUGCCCUUGGAACCACAAUUUCAAUACACUUUGAAAUCAUACCUUUAAUAUCUACCUACCAGUAAGUAUUUACAUAUAGCUAUGAUAAACACCAAAAUUUUUAUUAUGUACUAGAAUAUCGUGCCUCCUAGGAUAAAAAUAUAUCAUUGAAUAUCCGUGCAUCGUUAUAUGUAUUAUACGUGAUGAAAUAUAUAAUUUAAUUGCAAUCAGAAAACCAGUUUCACGCCCGAGUUUAUUCGUAAAUGUUAUUUUAAUUGAAAUUGUUUUCUAGGACAACGAAAUAAUUGUCGCAAACAUUUUUAUACUGAUGUAAAAUUUUAUGAAUGUGACUGAUUUUGUUUUACCUACUUCCAAAAGGAUUGUAACGUCAGACGUAACUAAUUAAUAUUUUUGAUGGCUGUAGAGGUAUACUUACGCAUAUUUUAUACAAUUAGACUGUGAUAAGAAGGUUAAUAAUCCAGUUUUAUAUUUCUGCUUAUCGGUGUACGUUUAUUCGUUAUAAAUAUUAUUUUUACGUGAAUCUUGUAAUUAUGCUAUAGCAUUCGCAACUCCAUUGCAUUGGUAAUCGUUGUGUGCCUACCGCGCGGUAAGUGUUAAGUCCUGGAGGAAGUCUUCCACUAAAUUUUGUCACAGUCACUCCUAUAACAUACUCUAACCGUCAUAAAUAUUAGUAUAGAUUAUGUGCCACAUUUUUCAAUACAGCAUAUUAUGAAAUGAUGUCAAAUUCAUUAUGAAAAAUAUACGUGAUAUAGUUAUAAAAUAAAAAGUAUGAAUUCAUAUAUCCUUAUUUUUAGACUCGAAAUAUAUCUGCAUUAGUAAAAUAUAGCUUAGAUCAGAUCUUCUCAACCAGACGAGCACCGAGCAGGGCUCAUUAGGUCCGCGGCGGCAUUGGGAAAUCGGAUAGAGGUUGUUAAUGAGAACACAUCGGGAAACCCUGGUCUAGAUUUUUAGAAAUAAUACUAACACUAAGUAACUAGAAAUAAAAAUGCUUGUCAUUAUUGUGUUGCUAUGUAAUAAAAUAAAAUAAUAAAUGUUAUUAUUAUAUUCUACCUCUGCACAAAAUGUUUGAGCACACAUAACUUAAUUUACACAUGCACGCGUUUAUGACUUGCUUGGUAAUAAAUACUGAUGACACCUACUUUUAAGUCAGGUAUGGCUCAAUAGAGCCUAGUUCAAUCAUAGGUUCAGAGCCGUGCAUAAUGGUCAGCGAAAUUGCUAAAUUUAUAUUUUUUCGACAAGAACUUACUUUAUUGUUUCAUGUAGUCAAUAUUUCAAAUCUUCAUUCAUACAAAAGUAACAUACCUACUUUCUCCAUAGUUGCGUUUUGAAGUCAUGCAUUGCUGGCUGAUAUUAACACCUACUAUAUUUGGUAAAUUACCUAAUAUUACACGAAAACACAAACUCCUGUCUAAAUAUAAUAACUAAGUAUACAAAGGAAUUGUACGUAUAAAUACGAGUAUAUAAUAAUAUUAUGUUUUUAUUACGAAUACAUUUACAGUUAAGUCAUUCUAAAUUAAGUACCCAUUCGUAACUUUUUCUUAAAGUGAAAAUGUAUUCAGCGCCGAGUAAACAAAAGUUCUACCAUGUUGUAUGUUUUAGUUUUGUUCUAAUUACGCAGUCUACUUUACAAUAUCAGGUUUCUUUUUAUCACUAAUUAUUUUAUAGAAUGGAAUGUCGUGUCCAAACUCGAUACCUUGCCUAUUGCCUAUUUUCAAAGAAAGUGUUCCUUCUUUAUGAGCUCUUCCUAACGGAUCGUGCAUACUAGUCCAGUAGGUACACUAAGGAUUCACUUAAAGUAACACAGUACAGUUAUUUACGAGGGUUGCACUGAAAAUGUCGGGAAUAGAGAAAACUGUCGCAUCUAGACAGUCAAUCUUUAUUUUAAUGCAUACUUAAACUCAAACUGACCACGCAUAUAAAUUUUCUUUUGAAAGUAAUCAUUCUGUAAUGCACACGGCUCAUAAUCCCAAAGUCCUUUUUGUAUGGCGAUUUUGGGGCCUUAGUGGUUUUGUAUGAAAUUCGUAGAGUAGCCAACGGAAUUGAAGUUUUUUUUACAUAUAUCUAUAUAUAAAAGAUUUUUUUACUGUUGUCAUAUGAAUAUUUAGGAAUGUCGAAAUCUGCCGAUAUGCAACUUUUUUGGCAGUCUUUUUAAUUAACAGCACAAAUGCGAUCUUAAAUUUUGACGUCGCUUUGGAAUGACAUGCUUCUUUAAGAUCACCCAUGGGAUAAAAUGAAAGUGACUUUCAUAUAUAAUUUUAACUGCAAACGAGCGUACGAUGAACUCUAGUUCAUAAAAAAAUAACAGAAGCCCAUUGUAACUUUUAUUUGUUCGCUGAGGGCAUAUUGAAAACCGUUUAAAAAUGUGAUCCGAAAAAUCACUUGGCCAAAAAUUCAAAUAAUGUUCGACAUACAAUUUUCAAAUUGUCAGUAAAUUUUAAAUAUAAAUGACAACCAAAUGGAAUAUACCUUAAAAGUUUUAUAAAGAGUUACAUUUUUAUAAAUUAUAUGCCUCAUUCUAUUAUGUUAUUUCUAAGUGUCCCAUUCCCGAAUAUUUCAGUGCGACCCUCGUAUUGCUAUAGAUCAGUUAACAUAUACUGUAACGAUUAAUAAUAAUGAAAUAUUGGAUCAGUAGGCUGUAUAAAUACUGAGUACGCUCAGAUAUGUGAUUGACAUUAUAUGUAUAAUCAUAGUAUCCUUAUCGGUUAGCCACCUACAACACAGUUGUAAAUGAUAACGCCUGCUCUAGUCACACAGUGUCCAGACUAUGAUUAUAAUUCAUAGAAUUUUAACUAAAGAGAAAUUAAAUUAAUGUACCUAUCAUGGGUAAUAGCGGAUGGCGCUGGAGCUAUACGGCGUUGCAUGAACAAGAGAUUUCCUUUGGCAGGAUAAGGACCCAGGGAUGGAUUCAAGAAGUGGAGCCACCGAGAUUUUUGAUGAAUUUACAUCAAUGUAAAUUUUUAGGGGGGGGGCUCUCAACUUGAUCUUGAUAUCUGUAUCAUUUAAGCUACUAGGUCAAGUUUGGUAUCGUUUCCGUAUAAAUCGGGGGUGCCGAAUUCAUUUCUGAUAUCAUAAUGACACCAUUCCGAAGUAAAAACACAUAAAAUAUGAAGACAGAGAUAAUUUGAGUCCCAGGGAAUAACAUAGCAUGCUUUUAAUCUCAAUAAUCAUCCCUUAAGGGUGUGAAAAGGGAGGAGGAAAUUUGUAUGGGGGUUCAAUAACCGCUGAACCGAUCUAGAUAAAAUUUGGUAUAGAAAUAGUUUGAGUGCCGGGGAAGAACAUAGGAUAGUUUUUAUUCCAAAAAAAAAACCUUAAAAAUGAAAGGCAAGGUGUAGGAUUGUUUGGGAAAUCAAUAAACGCUGAACCGAUUUCGAUGAAAUCUAUGUCUACAUCUUUGAUUUAGUUGAAAAUGAUACUAAACUUGACUUAGAACCUAAACUUAAAAAAAUAUUAACCUCAAACGUCGCAGACGCUUAAACUCCCCCCAACUUCCACCUGCAUCAAAAAUCUGGGUGGCUCCACUUCUUAAAUCCAUCCUUGGGUCCUAAGGACCAAUCCUGCUAAAGAAAAUCUCUUGUUCAUGCAACGCCGUGGUUGACCUUUUUUUGCUCUGAGCAAACACAACUAUAAGAGAAAAAAAUGCGCAUCAGAUCAUGCACAAUGAAGGGUUCUGUCAAUCGUUUGUCUACAUGCGAAGUAUGAACUUUUAAAUUAAAAAUAGACAUUGAUGAGCAACGUCAUCAUCAUUCGACAGCUGUCAGCUAACACGACACAAGCUUGAACUGAAAAAACGGUCAAAUGGAUAACUUCCUCCUGGAAGACGGUUAAAAUAUUGAAAGCAAUGUGUUCUGGAACUUUUCUCGCUACGCUAGUUAUUCUAUUGUAAAAUCACUGACUUGCUUGGAUUCAAAAUUAAUGAUUGCACCAAAAACCAACAUUGCUCUUUGUAUAACAACCAUAUUAUCGACUUUGAGAGUGAUCGUUACCGAAAAUAUUUACCAUUAAGUAGUUAAUUUUAAUGACCUAUAUGUAAAAAAAAUAUACAUUUGAGCAGUUCCUCCCUAAAAAUAUGUUUCCUAUCAGUUGAACUACAAAAUUUUGUUGCUACCAACGAAAGACGCAUCGUUACAGUUACUUAAUAAAAAUUUUGCGACACACCCAGGGGAAGACUGAGAACAUGACGAAACUGUAAGGGAACUGUUUAUGCUAUUUUAGUUACAGAACCUGAAAAAGAAUCAUCGAAAGGAUGAUCGUGAAACGUUGCGUGGGCGUUUUCUUUGAAUGUGCGUUUGAGAAAUCGCACAUUUCAAAUACUUAAAAGUAGCUCUUGUGAUAGUCUUAAAUAUGGGGUUUUUGUAUGUUUAUGCAAAAUAUUAUUAAUUCUAACACAUGUUUAAACUACGACUAAACGGACUAUCUCGACAAACACAACGCCAUUCUCAAUUGCGACACUUAAUAGGUUGAGUUAGGAAGUUACGAACCGCUGCGUUUGUUGUGCUAUUAGACUACAAUGAGUAAGUACCUACUAUGACUCAAUGUUGCACUCUUAUUUUUCAGAAAUUAUAGUAUGUAUAGGUACAACAAAUGUUUUUUUUUUAAUUUGUAUUGUUUAAGGAGAUAAUUACGUUCAACUAAUGUUAUUAUAAUUUCACAUACUUAAAUCGUUAAUCGCUUUUCAUUUUCAGUAGCUCACUAAAACAUGACUAUGUGAAAGUAAAGUUGUGCCAAAUAGCUAUAUUUCUGUGUUGAUUUUGUAAGCUUUGUGUACUUAAAUAAGACUUUGUAAGUAUAUUAUGAUGAAAUUAUUAUUAAAUGAUAAUUUUAUCUGACAUACGAACUUUGCUUGUAAUAAUUUUGUAGCUUAAAGCUUGCUAAGUAUUACGUUUUGUUUAUAAUAAUUGAUUAAUUUUAUCUUAUAACUACAAUUCUUUUUAUAUAUAUGUAUGUUAAGAAAUAGGAGCAUAGUAUGUUUUUUUAUUGUGGUAUAAAAUAAAUAUACAUGUCAAGU